GACAGCCAGCGGCGGGCGAGCGCUGCGCCCCCGGCGCCAUCCUAAGAGCCGCCGGUCUUUUUCCUCCCCCUUUCCCACAGGGAGCGCCCGACACCCUCCGUCCAGGCUCUUUCGCGGGAUGGCGGCGGCGGCGCAGGGCCGCCCCGUGGGGCUGGGCGCUGUGCCCUAGCGCCGCCGGUCUCAGUCGCUGCGGCGGGGCGCGGAGCCGUGCGCGGAGCCGGACGCAGCCCAGCCCCGGCGGCGCCCCAGCCCCUCUCCGCCUGCCGCCGUUCGGGGCUCUUUCCGCCUCCCCGCCCCGUUCCCGGCCAUCGCAGCAGGCAUGGGCUGUUUCUGCGCGGUCCCGGAGGAAUUUUACUGCGAAGUUCUGCUCCUGGACGAGUCCAAGCUGACCCUCACCACCCAGCAGCAGGGCAUCAAGAAGUCAACGAAAGGGUCGGUUGUCCUGGGCUACGUAUUUCGUCACUUAAACCUAGUGGAGAUAGAUUACUUUGGACUGCGCUACUGUGACCGAAGUCAUCAAACGUACUGGCUGGAUCCUGCAAAGACCCUUGCUGAACAUAAAGAAUUGAUAAACACUGGACCACCAUACACUCUGUAUUUUGGCAUUAAAUUCUAUGCAGAGGAUCCAUGUAAACUGAAAGAAGAAAUAACAAGGUAUCAGUUUUUCUUGCAGGUUAAGCAAGAUGUUUUACAGGGCCGUUUGCCUUGUCCAAGCAACACUGCAGCACAGCUGGGAGCAUAUAUAAUUCAGUCUGAGCUGGGGGACUAUGACCCAUACAAGCACACUGCAGGUUAUGUCUCGGAGUACCGCUUUGUUCCAGACCAGAAGGAAGAGCUGGAAGAUGCCAUAGAGCGGAUACACAAAACUCUGAUGGGUCAAGUUCCUGCUGAGGCAGAAGUGAACUACUUAGGGGUGGCCAAAUCCCUGGAAAUGUAUGGAGUGGAUCUCCAUCCUGUUUAUGGUGAAAACAAAUCUGAAUAUUUUUUAGGAUUAACACCCAUAGGAGUUGUUGUCUACAAGAAUAAGAAACAAGUAGGAAAAUAUUUCUGGCCUAGAAUUACAAAAGUUCACUUCAAGGAAACACAGUUUGAACUUAGAGUCCUGGGAAAAGAUUGCAAUGAAACUUCCUUCUUUUUUGAAGCACGUAACAAGAUCACAUGCAAACAUCUCUGGAAAUGCUGCGUAGAACAUCAUACAUUUUUCAGAGUGCCAGAGAAUGAAUCAAACUCUCUGUCAAGAAAAUUCAGCAAGUUUGGAUCCAUAGGUUAUAAACAUCGGUACAGUGGCAGGAGAUCUUUGCAAAUGACCAGAGACCCUUCUGUGCAGCUCCCGCGGCCUGACCAGAGCAUUGAAAGAAGUCGCAGCAAGACUUACCCCAAAAGAACACAACAGACCGGAUCUAAGAACAUGAGCCAGAUUACAACAAAUGGAGAAAAUGAAGGAACUACUAAAAUUAUUGCACCUUCCCCAGUGAAAAGCUUUAAAAAGAUGAAAAAUGAAAACAGUCCAGAAACCCAAAGAAGUAAAACAAGCGCACCGUGGGAGGAAAAUGGCCCCCAGAGUGGGCUGUAUAAUUCUCCGAGUGAUCGCAAUAAAUCACCAAAGUUUCCUUACGCUCGUCGACGGAACCCAUCAGGUGGCAGCGAGAACGAGUCUGGGCAGCCAGUUCGGAGGAGGAAAAAUCAAAACAGUGGCGAAGAUUCAGAUUUAAAGCAAAGGAGAAGAUCACGGUCUCGCUGUAACACCAGCAGUGGCAGUGAAUCAGAAAAUUCCAACAGAGAGCAUCGGAAGAAGAGAAACAGAUUACGUCAAGAGAAUGACAUGGUUGACUCAGCUCCUCAGUGGGAAGCUGUGCUACGGCGACAAAAGGAGAAAAACCAGGUGGAUCCAAACUACCGGCGAUCCAGGCACAGAUCUCGAUCGAGGAGCCCAGAUGUACAAGCUAAAGAAGAACUGUGGAAACAUAUUCAGAAGGAGCUUGUGGAUCCAUCUGGCUUGUCUGAGGAACAAUUGAAAGAAAUUCCAUACACUAAAAUAGAGACUCAAGGUGACCCGAUCCGCAUUAGGCAUUCACAUUCUCCUCGAAGCUACCGUCAGUAUCGGCGGUCCCAGUGCUCCGACGGUGAAAGAUCUGUCCUGUCUGAAGUGAAUUUGAAAACUGAUCUGGUGCCUCCACUGCCUGUUACACGAUCUUCAGAUGCGAAAGGUCCUAGCAUCCAGUUGACCCAACAGAGACAGAAUGGAUCUAAAGACAGCCUAAUAGAAGAAACAUCUCAACUGUCUACUAACAACGUUGGUGGAAAACCCACCACUAAGAUCGUAAAAACUGUGCAGGUCUCCCACUUCAAGGUGGAGACUUGACUGCCGCAACUGAAGAUGGUGAAUGGAUUUUAUUCUUUGGAAACUGAAAAUUAAUGUGUGUGUGCAAGGGAAGGAACUGACGUUGACGUGGUAGCAAUUUCUUCAGGACACUCAGAAGCGCAGGCUGCUUGCUGGGAAGGCCGAGCAGUGCUUUUAUCACCAACACUGUUCUAGUGGUGUGACUGAUCAAGGAGAAGCUGCCUGAUUAGACAACCAAAAAGAAAAGUCUUAGUAAAACUGAAUGAUCAUCAGUUACAUUUCCAAAAAAUGAACAAAAAGAAGUGCUGCAACAAAACAGGCUUUAUGGUCUGCUCUGUAACUGAAUCGCCUUUUUCCAAAAAAUGACUGUUAACUGACAUGAUCAGGACCAGAUGCUUCAAGAGAAGCAAAAUAGUCAUAUUUUUGGUCAAUUGUGCAAUACAGUGUGAUAUGGGGAGAAUUAUCUUCACAAUUUUAUAUGGGGAUCAACUUGUGUCCUGAGACAUGAGGACUGAUAGCUCUUACAAGGUUUAUUUUAGCCUAGCACAACAACAGUUGUCAAUACAAAAGUUGACUCAGCCUGUUUUAGCUCAAAAAUAAUACACUCGGUAACACCCUGUAGCAGAGAGUUCCAGAGGUGAUACAGACUUACUUUCCCUUGGCAGUUUUAAGUGUUCUCAUUUUUUAAUACUCUUUUAUGUAGAGGGACUGUUUAAUUGAAUAUUCCAUACCACAGAAAUACAUCUAUCACCUUAUAGUAAACCACACUGGAAAAACAAUGGAUAAUAUGUACUGACCCACCGUAUUGAGACUGCUUAUCAAGGCACUUAAGUACAGGUUAAAUGAAACUUGUGGAGUAGGAUUUAAGACAGCUAGCAAAUAGACUUUUUUUUUUUUUUAAUUAAACUAGAUUAGCAAAAUCUGCCUUAAUCUCUUUUCAUAUGAAAUAAUCAAUGCUAGUAAUUUCUGAUACUUUUCUCUGAGCCAUUUCUACUAUGAUAAAAUUACGAAGGCAGUAUUUCAGGUAUGUUAAUUGCAAUUUUUUUUUUCUGUUGUCAUGGUAGGAAUAGUAAGUGUUAAUGAUGCUGCACAUUGAGUGGGUUAUCUUCUAGUAUGUAUCUGAAGUGAUGCCUAGCUCUUCUCCUGUCCUAUCACUGUGUACAAAUAGCUGAAAGUUAUUCCUCUGCCUCCCUUUUCUCCACAGUCAGCCCAUGGAUGAGUCUUCUGGUGUUGUUAACUUAACUGAGAAGCUUAGCAAAAUCUUUGUGUCGUGAAAGUUACUUUUGCUAAGUGUAAUCCCCAAACUAAAUAUUGAAUUUGUCCAACAGCAUUGAAAAUGGCUGUGGUAGCUCGUACCUUCUUACAUCUCUUCUUCUUAAACUCUGCCCCGACUGCCUCCAGUGAUUUGCAGUGAUCCUGUGUCUUCUACCCCUAGCAACACCAUACCAGGGGACUGUAGCCCUGUCAGAAAAGCAAUACUCUUUGAGAACUGGAGUAAGCGUAAGGCAUCUGAGUUCCACUUCACAAGUUUACUUCACAUGAGUUUACUAAUACACGUAUUAACUAAAAAAAACAGAGAAGUGAAGCCUCGUAUGAUGUGUUUUAUUUUCCACUUCAUUUUUUGAUUCUUUAUUGUUUCAUGAUGCGAGGUGGUCAGGUGGAUGCUGCUGGUCAGGGUGGUAGCCAUACAGUUUGUAUAUUCCUAUCACAGUAGAUUGCUAUGGGAGAUGCUCCAUCAUGUGAGGGAAGGCAGAUUAAUUUAUAAAUAUUUUUCUUUGAUCACUUAUUUUGGACAGUUCUGCUUCUUGAGUCUCAGUGAACAAAUCUAAGGGAAGGAAAGCACUUAGAACCCUUCUGCAGUAAAAAUUCUGUUUUCAUGGAGGUUCUGAAUUUACUAUGGAUUUCAUUCUAGGACAUUCUUGGGCUUGGCUUACAGUAUUUGCUCAAUCUGCUUUGGAAGUCUGUUAAACGAUUUCAUUGUCAUUGCUUCAAUGUAAAAUGAUCCUUUAAGAUAUAUUUAUAAUCUUAUAUAGUAUUCUCAAAAGCGCCAGUUUAAAAAAAAAAAAAAAAAAAGUGCAAAACCCCCACAAAUCAAACAAACACAAAAAAAUGUCCCAUCACUGUAGCAAAGAUUGUGGUGAUACAGAUUAAUCUAGAGCAUCACAGUCUUUUGGAAGACUACUGAAAUACAACAAACCACACAAGAACUGGUUUCAGUAUCUGCAAUGAAAACCACUCUUUAUUUCUUCAAGAAGGUGCUUCAAGCUGGAGCAUUUUGAACCUGCUUGUAGUUUGUUGCUUUCUAAAUCACGACCAUUAUUCUUCAUUCCUUACUUAGGCCCAGGCAAGUAGAACAUACCUACUAUUUUAGGAGGAUUUGUGUUGUUACUAUUUGAGAAUUAUCAGUACAUAGUGACAAAAUCUUGCCAAUCCUCAAACACUAAUUAAGAAGAAAAUUACAUGUAAGGUUUAUAUCCAACCUCACGUUUUCCUGUGUGUUGUCACCUGCCUGUGGGCUUUUGUGUAUUAUUGCUGGAUACCAUCAGCCAAGUGUGUGGUUUUACUUAUCCCACAGCACCAAAACAUAGGCUUCUCUCUAGUCUAACAGAGAUAGGUUUUGAUUCUCAAGUCACAGGAGAAUUGUUUCAUAACCAAGCCAACUUUUCUGCAUUUAAAUGAGAAAUUUACAGAAAGAAUCCUGAAUUUGAGCUGGUGGUCUUCUCUCCAAUGAAACUAUGUAGGUUUUAGCAAGUCUAAUGCUUGGUCUGGGGCACUAACAUACAGUUUUGUGUCUGCAAGACGAAGCUUAAAACCUCUAUUACAUGUUAAGUAUCAGUGCCAGAACAAGGUGAAACUUGGACAAGGACAUCACUGUCAGAUAAUAGUACAGAAAAA